AAGUAGCCUGUCUUAUACCGGUAUGAUCGAAAACUGUACGGUUUUAAACGAAAGACCAUAGUUUGAUAAUCUGUGCGAAAGACACGUCAGUUUUUACUCAUUAAAAUGUUGACAUUGGUUUUUUGGCUGUUUUAGGUUAAAGCGAGCGGAAAAAAACUCCAGUUUUGCCUUUGUGCUUCGCAAUGACUAAGGGAGUAUUUUUGGCGGGGCUGGUGCUGCUGGCAGCCACAAGUACUACAUUGGCUGUGGAUAAGAACAACUUUAAAACAUGCGAACAAAGCAGCUUUUGCAGGCGUUUGAGAAAAUACGAAGAAGGCGCAAGCCCCUAUCGUCUCGACUUUACCAAUGUGAAAAAAGAGGGCAGUACUAUUGAGUUCGGUCUGAUCAACAAAGAAUUUCCUACAGUCCAGCUGAAGCUCGUUCUGCAAGGAAUUAGUCACGACAUCUUCCGAGUGACGGUGGAUGAAGUGAAUGGGCUGUAUCAUCGCUACAUACCGCGAGUGGCUCUCAACGGAGAUCCUGAGCCCGCAACAUUAACUAUUCAGGAACAAACGGACAAUUCAAUGACGGUAAAGGCCGAAAGCCAAAAAGUUGUGAUUACCGCGGAUCCUUUAAAGUUGGAGUUUUACUACGGGGACGAGGUGCAAACAGUGGUCAAUGCCAGGGGAUUGUUUGCUUUUGAACAUUACCGCAAUAAACCAGCCGAUGGGGAAGUAGAUGUGCAAAUUAAGGACGACCCGGGCGCUUGGGAGGAAAACUUCAAGUCCCACCACGACAGCAAACCCAGAGGACCCUCUGCUAUAGCUGCCGAUUUUACUUUUCCUGGAGCGGUGCGCGCCUACGGUCUUCCUGAGCACGCCGAUCGUCUGUCGCUGAGAACAACAGGCAAAGGCGGUUUGGAUCCUUACCGAUUAUACAACUUGGAUGUCUUUGAGUAUGAGCUCGACAGCACUAUGGCGCUCUAUGGAGCUGUGCCUCUAGUUUAUGCACAUAGCCUCAAACAUACUGCGGGCGUCUUCUGGCAUAAUGCGGCGGAAACUUGGGUGGACGUGAACAACAGCAAAGACGCCAAUGUGGUCUCGUCGUUGGUGAAUCUGGUGAGCGGCUCUAAAAACGAAGCUAAAGUCGAUGUUCGCUUCAUGAGUGAAAGUGGCGUCAUGGACUUUUUUGUGAUCGUGGCAGCUAAUCCUGGUGAAGUUACCAGAAUGUACUCCUAUUUGACUGGAUCCCACAAUCUUCCCCAGCUUUUCGCCUUGGGUUACCAUCAAUCGCGUUGGAACUACAAUGAUCAGGAUGAUGUGACUAACGUGGUGGCGAAUUUCGAUGCCCAUAAUUUGCCUGUGGACGUCAUGUGGCUGGAUAUUGAAUACACCAAUGGUAAAAAGUACUUCACUUGGGAUCCUGUCAAGUUCUCCAACCCUCAAGAAAUGGUCAACAACUUGACCAGCACUGGCAGGAAGCUGGUGGUCAUUAUUGACCCUCACAUCAAGCGAGAGAGCGGCUAUUUUGUGCAUGAAGACGCGCUGGAGAAAGACUUGUAUGUGAAGAACAAAGAUGGAAGUGUCUAUGAAGGCUGGUGUUGGCCGGGAUCUUCGUCCUACUUGGACUUUUACAAACCCGAAGCUUCGGAGUACUAUAAAAAUGCCUACAGUGUUGAGGUCUUCAAAGGAACGAGCGAUAAUGUUUGGCUGUGGAACGACAUGAAUGAGCCUUCAGUUUUUAAUGGGCCUGAAGUGACCAUGCCAAAGGACCUGAUACAUUAUGGAGAUUGGGAACAUCGGGAUAUCCACAACGAAUAUCCACUGGCUCAUAUACGAGACACGUACCACGGAUUGCUGAGCAGAUCUCCCAAUCUAAGGCCGUUUAUCCUCACCCGAGGGCAUUUCUCUGGCUCGCAACGGUUUGCAGCCAUGUGGACGGGCGAUAAUGAUGCGAAAUGGUCGCAUUUAGCCAUCAGUUUGCCGAUGUGUCUUUCUGAAGCGUUAGGAGGUAUCAGCUUUUGUGGUGCUGAUGUGGGCGGAUUUUUCAACAACCCUGACCUCGAAUUGCUACAAAGGUGGUACCAGGCGGCGAUUUGGUUGCCGUUUUUCCGCGCUCAUGCCCACAUCGACACCAGACGUCGCGAACCUUACCUGUUUAAUGACGACGUAGUAAAUCGCAUUAGGACGGCCUUAAGGCUGCGAUACGCCCACUUGCCUUUGUGGUACACUCUCUUCUAUGAGCACGAAACGACGAAGGAUGCGGUGAUUCGGCCCUUGAUCUACGAGUUUUCGUCCGACGAGAAGGUUUUGGACAUUGAUAACACUGUGUUGCUAGGCGAUUCAAUCCUGGCUCGUCCAGUAACUGAAUCAGGGGUUUCGUCAGUUGAAGUCUAUCUACCAGGUAAAGUUGAUUCCAGAUGGUAUAACUUGGAAGACUUCCGCUUAUAUCUUGCGGGAAGUCACAACAUUCCAGUUACGUUGGACAGUCAUGUGGUGUUCUACAAGGGCGGAAGCAUCAUUCCACGCAAAGACAGGCCGCGUCGAUCAUCCACAGUGAUGCACAACGAUCCGUUCACCCUCUAUGUGGCUCUGGAUCAAUAUCAGACGGCCAGUGGGACGCUUUAUGUUGAUGACUAUCAAAGUUUCAACUAUCGCGAUAACAAGAGCCUGUACAUCAUCAUGCGGUUUGAAAGCAAUAAGCUAACUCUUAAGCGCCACAAGUUGUCGGGCAAACACACAACGAAAGAAUGGGUUGAACGGGUUGUGAUUUUGGGCCCGCCUGCUGGGGUGACCGGGGCCAAUCUGCAGAGCAAGAGUUUAGGCGUCCAGCGCCUGGAAACAUCCUACGACAAAGAGCUUCGCUAUUUAACCAUUAGGAAGCCUGGUGUAUCAGUGAUGGAAAAUUUCACCAUUGAGCUGCUUUUUUGAAAAGUCAACACUAUCAUGAUAGUUAACCAUUUUCCAUUUUCUUAUUUAAUUCAAUAGGCUUAAAGGAGUGUGUACGUUCUACUGUUAUUGAUGGAAGUAAAUCUGGGUUUAACUUCAA